GCGGCGGAGUUUGACGUCACGGGGAGUUAAUUUUAAACCUGGACAAGAUGGCGGAAGGGGACGCGGCUCGGUACGGUCGGCGAGCAGAGCUGCCUCGGCUACAGCCGGACUUGGCAGGGGAAAAUUAUGUGGAUGCAGAUGAGAAUGCCUUUUUGGAUUCUGAUGAUGAGGUGGUUACAGAGAAGCCAUGUCCAAUACAGAUUGUUCUUGCUCAUGAAGAUGAUCAUAACUUUGAAUUGGAUGAAUCGGCAUUGGAGAGAGUCUUGCUUCAGGAACACUUAAAAGAUCUCAAUAUAGUAGUUGUUUCUGUAGCUGGUGCAUUCCGUAAAGGCAAAUCCUUUCUCUUGGACUUUAUGCUUAGGUAUAUGUACAACCAGAAUUCAUCCCUUUGGAUAGGAGGAAACCAUGAUCCCCUGACUGGGUUUACAUGGAGAGGAGGAUGUGAGAGAGAGACAACUGGAAUACAGAUUUGGAGUGAAGUGUUUGUAAUUGACAAGCCCGAUGGCACAAAGGUUGCUGUAUUACUAAUGGAUACCCAAGGUGCCUUUGAUAGCCAGUCAACUAUCAAAGAUUGUGCAACUGUAUUUGCUCUGAGCACCAUGACAAGUUCAGUCCAGGUAUACAACUUAUCACAGAACAUCCAAGAAGAUGACCUUCAGCAUUUGCAGUUGUUCACAGAGUACGGAAGGCUAGCUAUGGAAGAAAUUUACCAAAAGCCAUUUCAGACACUAAUGUUCUUAAUUAGAGAUUGGAGCUAUCCUUAUGAACAUCCAUAUGGCUUAGAAGGAGGAAAACAGUUUCUAGAAAAGAGGUUGCAGGUAAAGCUACAUCAGCAUGAAGAGCUCCAGAAUGUAAGGAGGCAUAUUCACUCGUGUUUCAGUAAUCUUGGCUGUUUCCUGUUACCGCAUCCUGGUCUUAAAGUUGCAACUAAUCCAGGUUUUGAUGGGCGGCUAAAUGACAUUGAUGAAGACUUUAAGAAAGAGCUGCAGAAUCUGGUUCCAUUGCUGCUUGCCCCUGAAAAUCUGGUAGAAAAAGAGAUCAGUGGCUCGAAGGUGACUUGUAGAGACCUUGUGCAAUAUUUUAAGGCUUAUAUUAAAAUCUAUCAAGGAGAGGAACUACCUCACCCUAAAUCAAUGCUCCAAGCAACAGCAGAAGCCAACAACCUUGCUGCGGUAGCUGGAGCAAAAGAUACUUACAACAAAGGAAUGGAACAGGUUUGUGGUGGAGAUAAGCCUUACAUUGCACCUGUGGACCUUCAACGAAAGCACCAAGAACUUAAACAGGUUGCUUUAAAACAGUUCCGUUCUGUGAAAAAGAUGGGAGGUGAGGAGUUCUGCCACCGUUACCAGGACCAGCUUGAAGAAGAACUUGAUGACAUCUAUGCAAACUUUGUGAAGCACAAUGAUGGCAAAAACAUCUUCUAUGCUGCUCGCACCCCUGCCACACUCUUUGCCGUCAUGUUUGCCAUGUACAUAAUCUCAGGACUGACUGGCUUCCUUGGCAUGAUCUCCAUAGCGACCCUGUGUAAUCUUGUGAUGGGGUUAGCUCUUGUGUCCCUUUGUACUUGGGCAUAUGUUAAAUACUCUGGGGAAUUCAGAGAAGUUGGAACACUCAUUGAUCAACUUGCUGAAGUAUUAUGGGAACAGAGGAGUCCCAAGAAGGUGUGUUCCAAACUCUUUGAAGUUGUUAGACGUCGAAUGGCUCGCCGUGCUCUUACCUCAGCGCAGCGGCAGCAACUCUCCUCCAACAAUAACAAGAAGAAAAAUUAGCCAGUAUCUUUACUUUUUCUUUCUGUAUUGGAAGUGUGAACACUUCACUCUUAUAGGACAGUAAGCAGGACCAUCUGGGCCAGUUUGCAUAAAUGCUAUAAACAUACCAGGUUGAUGCUGCAUUAUAGGGUAUGAAAUUGCACCUGACAUUCUUGGAGUUAUAAAGUGAUUUGAAAUUCAGGCAAAUACUGCAUAGGAGUAAACCACUUUAAUACUCAGAUUAUUAACUUUAUGCAGGUAGCAGUCAAAGUCCAUUACUUAAUUUUGUUAUGUUACACAUUUGAGUGCAUUUCAUAUUAUAGUAUUUAAAUUGUUCCUUUAUUUACCUCAUUUUAUUUUACUGUUUCAAAAGAUUUGAUUUUUGGGGGGUCACUUUAUUUUUUUUAUUUUU